UUAAUACCUGAAAUUGAACGGCCUCCAUAUGUGGGGAACAGAAGCCAUGAAAAUUCCUGUUCCUUUCUCUUUCUCUAUUGCCAUAUGUCUCCUAAUUCCUGGAGUUUUUCCAGAAUCCUGUGAGGGAAUUAUAGGAGGAAAUGAAGUGCAACCUCACACAAGACCCUACAUGGCUCUAAUCAAAGGACUGAAAAUCUGUGCAGGAGCUUUGAUCAAAGAAAACUGGGUGUUGACAGCUGCUCACUGUGACAUGAAGGGCAAACCUCAAGUUAUUCUUGGAGCCCACUCCACAUCCCACAAAGAGAAACAUGAGCAAAUGUUUGCCAUUAAAAAGGCGAUUUCCUAUCCAUGCUAUGAUCCAGAGUCAUUUGAAGGUGAUCUUCAACUCCUUCAGCUGGAAGGUAAAGCAACUAUAACCAAAGCUGUAGGAAUACUUCAGCUACCAAAAACAGGAGAAGAUGUCAAACCCCACACCAAGUGUCACGUGGCAGGAUGGGGAAGCACCAAAAGAGACUCGUGUAAAAUUUCAAAUACCUUGAGAGAAGUCAAUGUCACUGUGAUAGAGCGAAAAAUCUGCAAUGAUGCAGAGCACUAUAAUUUUAAUCCAGUUAUUGACCAAAGCAUGAUCUGUGCUGGUGGUCGAAAAGGCGAAGGUGAUUCGUGUGAGGGGGAUUCUGGAAGUCCUCUGAUAUGUGAUAACAUUUUCAGAGGUGUCACUUCCUUUGGGAAGUGUGGUAACCCCCAGAAGCCCGGUGUCUAUAUUCUCCUCACAAAAAAAUAUCUCAACUGGAUAAAGAAAACCAUCGCACGAGCCAUAUGACAUUCCUUCUUCAAAGUAGAGAACUGAGGUAACCAACUGGAGAUGUCAAGCAAUCCUAGAUAGCACCUCAACAACCCUCAUAACCUUGUGUACAAAUGACGGCCUGUCUUAAAGAAAAUCAGCAGUGGAAGAAACAACUUCCUGCUGUCACACUUCCACGAUUAGCUAAGACUGCUUCAUUACACGUUCUCUAUCCACGUCAAGAGAGGUCCUUUGAGAAAAAGUUUCCCAGUUCAGUAACUCUGCUUUACUCAGAAUUUGAGGACUGUCACUUUUGUGUUUGUCCAUAAAAGAAAGUCGAUCUCAGAAAAAGUUAGAAUAUUCUUCAUUCUUCCAAAUAAAGCUCCAAAAUAUCUGUCGCCCUUGGAAUUUAGAGCCUGACAUUCUAUUCAGUGUGGGAGUAAGGAGAGAGAUGAAAGGGGAUUUUCACUUCUUACUAUAUACUUCUAUAUAUUUUCAUAUUUUACAUAAUUUUUAAUUAUAAAGAUAAUCAGAAAGAUUCAGUGUUUUAGAUAUUUGGAAAUUUGGGGACUUGAGGUUAGGGAUAGCUCAGGGCAUUGUAUCAUUUAUUAAUUACAAGUAGACUAAAGUUUCAUAUAACCAUAGGCCUCAGUCCAGCCAGUAUCUAGAUAUGUGUUUUGCCUUAGCUAAUCAAUUUAUACCUGCA